GUCCACAGCAUCCAAUUCGUGGAGAUCUCAGAAGUAGAGAACCAGGAUGACUGCUACAGCACAGGAGCUGGCUGCAUCCACACCCAGGACCUGCAAGGGGCUUAUGUCAUGUAUGACGAAGCCUUGAAUGAUCUACAGGAGCUAGAGGCACAGCUGCUGCUCGUGGCCAGCCAUUACACUGAGAAAGAAAAAGGUCACAAAGAGGGCAGUGAGUCAAAGAGUGGCCAGGACUGGGGAUGCCACGCAGGUGUGGACAGAUUUGCUGUGUUCCAUGACAUGUGGACUUGGGAAGCAGCUCUUCUAGAAAACAAGCAUCAGCUUCUUGAUAGUUACUUCGAAGCCUGCCGGCACAUGUUGGAACCAGAGAGGAGGUUCGCUUUAGCACAAGUGAUGAUGGAUAUCAUGCACCGGUGCCCGAGGUUUGAUCUUGGCCACCCUUAUUUCACUAAGGCCUACUGAGAUGAAUGCACCUGCCUGAGGCUCCACCUGCAGCUGGUGAGGGGCAUCCUCAACCAGCAGAAAGAGUGUCAGCGGGAGUAUGUCCAGAGGCUUUGGCAAGUAGAUCAUUUGGAUGAUAGCAAUAAAUUUGGAUUUCCUCUUAACAUAAUUGGCAAACAACAUAUUUCCAUCAGCAAUAGCUGCCCAGCUUUGAAAAGUGUUUAUCUGCUGGAGUUCUGCCCUUCCCUCGGCCUGGCAGUGCUCCUUCCCAAAGUCCUGGAGCAUCUCGUCCAGGAGGCCCACCACGCCUGCAGACCUGCAUCAGCCAGCGGCCUUGCCUUGCUGGAGUGGCAUGUCCUGGAGCUGGCCCUGGACCUGCAGCUCACCCCAACCAAGCCUGAGGCCUGGUACUGCACAGAGCUCCAAAUAAGCUUUCUUUCAGCUAGAGUGAUGGGAGACCCCUUUCUCACAGGGGAGAUAGGCCUGCUUGCACUCAAGUAUUCAACAGACAAAGGACAGAAAUAAGGCCAAUAUUUUCCAGUGCUGCUCCUGGAGACAUUUUCCAAAUUUCUGGAACACUUGACCCUCUGCCACCGGCUGAUAGAAAUGAGUCUGGAGAGUGCACACUUAGCUCUGCUCUAUAAGGAAUUGGUAUAGGAGAUGGUUUUUGAAGAGUUCUAGUUGCAUCUGAGGCCUGUUGACUUUGAAUUGGCAUCACACAAGGAUGAAGUGGGCCAACCUCCUCCUGUCUUUAUAACCGCUGUGCUGGAGGACAGUGGUCGGGUAGACAGGUAUUCUUCUACUUCUCUUGUCUUAGCUGUCUCCGAGGUGGAUGAUAACCAAGUUGGCAAAUUGAGUUUUUACACAAAGGAAGCCAUACUUAAGCUCUUGUUUCAUUCAGGAGUGGAAAACAUGCAAGUGACCCUUGCAUGCCAAGCUGCUCAGAAAAAUGCUUUGAUGGUGGCUUUCCAGCAGGCGUCCUUCUAUCACACCCCUGGAGGGGGCUGUCCUGCUGAUGUCAAGGUCAGCCUGUAUGAUAGAGAAGAUAGAGGCAUGCUACUGUGAGCCAGGGUCAGGCUGCCCCUUCCUUCUUCCUUCCUUUCUCCCCUUCUAUCUCCCUCCCUAACUCCUCCUCUCCCUUUCUUCCUCUUUCCUAUCUUUUUAUCUUCUUUCCUUUUUAUCUCUUUCCUUCCAUUCCUCCUUUCCUAUUUAUGA